GAGACACUUUAAAGCUGCUGCUCCACACAGAACAUUAAUCUAGUCGCAGGGAUCUGGACUUUGGAAAUACGCAGUACUUUUGACACGAGUGGCGCGGCUGCAUUUUGGCAUUUUCAUCCAUUUUUGUGGACUUACUUUCUAUUUGAUCGCAAACUGUAAGGAAACAUCAUGCUGCUCCUCUUAAUGGGAAUUGUCGUCUUGCAUGUGGCAGGACUGGUUCUGCUCUUAGUGUCAACUAUAGUCAGUGCAUGGGUUGUUAACCCCAACAGCAGUUCAGACCUCUGGACAAACUGCACCACAGUGAGUGGAGUGUCCAGAUGUGACCCUGCUGACACUGGAGUUUGGAUCCAGGCAGUCCAAGCCAUGAUGAUCCUGUCAAUCAUCUUCAGCUUCAUAUCUCUCUUUCUGUUCUUCUGCCAGCUCUUUACUCUUCAGAAGGGUGGACGCUUUUUGCUCACUGGAGCAUUCCAGAUCUUGGCUAGUCUUUUCGUUAUGUGUGGAGGUAUCAUUUAUACGGUAAUGAACUCCGGAUGGGUCCCUUCCAAAGAGUCCUACGGGUAUUCCUUCAUCCUGGCCUGGAUAGCCUUCCCUCUGGCGUUCAUAAGCGGCUUAGUCUACGUCAUCUUGAGAAAACGAGAGUGAGGUGGCACCACACUCUAGUGGGCGCCACCUGGAAAUACAGCUUUGAAGCCAAAGUAUCGCACUGCAUCCACAGAGAAGUGAAGUCGCGCAGUAUCUUCACCCAGGGGGUCAGUCAAAAUCAACCCCACUGCCACCCCGAAAAGACAUAUUCAAUAAUGUCUUCAUUUAAAGAUGUGUAUAUAGUAUCUUUGGUUUAAAACCUAUUUAUAACAUUUUUUACAUAUAUGUACAUAGUAUUUUAUGUUCGCUCUGUUGACAAAGAACCUCUGAAGAGCUUUUCUUUUAGCUAAUUAAGUGCCUUGAGUGUUUGUUUGUCGCAGACACUUGCAUAAUUAGCCAUAAUGUAUGUUUGUGUCAAUUUUUCUUUCCUCAUAAGGCCAAAAAUACUGAUAAAAAGGUGUUGAUGUAUUUUAACUAAAGUGCAUGUAUUAAAGUAUAGGGACAGUGAAAGGAAGUGUUUUCAAUAAAGCUGCAUUGAGAAUUCAUAGAUGAAGUAAGCUUUUAAUUUUGUUUUCUUAGUUUCCAACAAAAAUGGUGCUAUGUAUUUACCAUUCCUUUUCAGUAAAAGCCAUUUAGAUUUUAUUUAGAAGGACAUAACAUGACUGAAAGCCGAAAUCAGAACGCAAUUUAAUAUUUUGUGCUUGUGCCUAUAACACAAUGCUGUAUAUACAGUACUCACCAAAAAAGGUUCAUUUUAUAAUAAUACAAACAAAAUGUGUUCUGAGUAACGUGGAUAUAUAGGUUUAGAUUUGGGAGAUUGUGAUUGGAGGAACUGUAGUUAAAACAGAGACUAGGAACUAUUGAUUUUAGAGCAGUAUUAGCAGUAGAUUUUGAGAAAGCAGUAAUUUUUUCACUCGGUUUAAUAUAUGUCGCUUAUAUGUUGCAUUUAAAUCCAAAUACUAUUCAAAUGUGUAAUGCCUGAUGUAUUUGAUCACGUGUUAGCCGUUAUUAUAAUCAGGGCAUUACGUAAUAAAACAGCUGAAACGAACCCCUGCAUAUUCAAAUCAAACAAGCAUAAAACAUAUCAAAUGAACAUGAAACAAUGUUAUAGCUUUUUUCAAGUAUCAAAAUGACAGCUUACAAUCCUCUACAUACACAAUAUAUAAAGAAAAGCCUAUUUAAAAGCAUCUAAAGUGGCAGUUUUGUGACGGUGGUGGUGGACACAUCAUAACAUCUGCAUGCAUGGAAAUAUUAUUCAAUACUUGAAAUUUAACAUGCUGCAAUGUCUACCAUUUGAAGAUUCUCCGUUUCUACUCGCAUAACUCUCUGCAAUUCACAAUGUACUGUAAUAGCAUGUGAUUGUAUUAAAAGAGAUAUGUAUUACUUACAAUUAAAGGUCCUAUUCUGAGGACCAUGUAUUAGAUUUGUUCUCCUGUGACACCAAAAACAAUAAAUGUUUUAUGAUUAACUGAAUAUGUUGCCCGUUUUCAUGGUUUUGUAAUGGCCUGAUGAAUGUCAUGACUAAAACCCCUCGUGUGUUUUUUUUUUUUGAUUGAACAAACAAGCUUUAUGCACAGCAGAAUAGUUAGUUUUACCAGCCAUAAAAGAGUUUUAUACUUUUUUCCUUUUUGUGUGUAAAAAAAUAUAAUCAAUAUGUCGUCUUUUCUGACAUGGGACCAGCACUAUAAAAAUGUUGCAUGUGCUCAUUUCCCAACACUAUAACACAUGAAUACUUUAGGCUGCAAUUGUUACUUGAUAUUGUAAGACUAAAACCCUGAAAUAACAAAUCGAAAUGUGUUGUAUUUCAUUUGAUCUGAACAGUUGUAAAUCUUGUACUAUUUGUAUUUAACUGAAUGUCGUGCUGCUCCUUCUGAAAACACCUUGUAAGUCGUGUCUGAAGGAGUUUGAGCUCUGAUGAAGACUGUUCAUUCACAAGAACACAACUCUGUGCCUCUGACUUGCUUCUCUUAUGAAAGCUUGUGUUUGUGUGUUUAUUAAAAGCUAUUACAAAGAAA